CUUGAAACCGACAGUUACAUGUCGAUGUGGCGAAUCUUGGUGGCGGCCGUGGCGUCGGCUCAGGCCACCGUGGCGCCAGGUCACUUUCUGUUCAUGCCCACUGCGUACAGUCAAACGUCCGUGUGGGGCUCCGUGUCCGUCUUGGUCCAGCGGGGGUUGGGCGCCGACGGGACCGCGUCCGUCGCCGUGUCCUCUCGAGACGGCAGUGCGUUGCAGUCCAUCCAUUACAUCCCCAUCGUGAACCAGACACUGGGGUGGAGUGAUGGGGACUCCAACCCCGUCGAAGUGCAAGUGCGGUUUGCAGCAACCCCAACCAACCAAGAUGUGACCUUCUUCCUCGACUUGCACGACGCCACCACUUCGAUAUACAUGCCACAAGCCACCGCCGAGAUCACCAUCCGCGCCACCAAUGUCUACCCCGGGGACAUAACGUUUUCGGCCAACUCUACAUCGUUCACGAUUCCUCCGACGUGGAACCCCCAAACACCGUACCCCCUGAGCAUCCCCGUGCACCGACUCCACGGCGCGUUCGGCCACGUGCAAGUGCCGUACGAUGUAGUAGUGACUGCCACGUCCACUGCUACUGCGGGCGAAGACUUCAAUUUUGUCAAGGGGCUGCCGUUUGCCCGGUUCAUGUCGUGGUCGGAUAGUGACCACGGCCCCAAGUACAUUGACUUGCUGUGGCUCAACCAGGCCCCGUACCGCCAAGACCUGACGUUCACACUACAGCUGUUUGCACCCACUGGACAAGCCCUACUGGGCACGAUUUCUACCGUGGACAUCACCGUCCAAGGCAACCACUUGGGUGUGCCGGCAGGGGUGUUGCAGCUAAAUGCGCCGUGCUUUCCAAGCUGUGCAGCCGACGUGUACUCGGUGCAAGCCGGCUCGGCUGUGCGCAUCUACGUGGCACGACAGGAGGGGACUGUGGGAGCGAUCGCCGUGAGCUAUUUGUGCGUGUCGUUGAUCCCCGGCCAGCCCCAAACCGGCACGUUGACUUGGGCAGAUGGAGACGCUGCAGAAAAGAGCUUUGUGCUCGCAACAGCUGCGACUAGCCCCACGGGGACUCCGCACCUAGUGGUGCUGCAGGCUCCUACGAAUGGGGCCACGCUGAGCACUACUGCAGCCACGACUAUUGUGACGGUGUUACCGCUGGAACCUUACGCAGGGGGGGUCGUGGACUUUGUGUCGAUCACAACAGAAGAGCGACUUCUUCGAUUGUCGCCAGUCACAAGCGAUCUGCUGCAACUCCUGCCCGAAGUGGACUACUGGGAUUCCCGCAUCGGUUUGGCCAAACCGGUGCAGGUCACCGCGCCAGGCUCGUUCUCCGUGCUCGUGCAGCGGUCUCGGGGCAGUGUAGGCGCGGCCACCGUGUAUGUACAAACCAUCGACGGCACAGCCAUCGGAGGCAUCGAUUUCGUCGCUCAAACAAGUGCAUUGCAGUGGCAAGACGGAGAUACACGGCCAGUUUCGGUCACCGUGACCAUCUUGGCGCCGCCGUACACUGCCUUAAAUCCAUCCCGCGCAUUUUCAUUGGUGCUCACGACUCCUACGAACACGCGACUGGGAGCAUUUGCUCAACUGCCCCUGGUCAUUCGAGGAGCGAUGCAAACCCCCCGCCUUGUCUCGAGCGUGCUGAACAUGUCGGCCAAGACGCUAACAUUGACAUUCUCGCACCCGAUUGCUUCUGCUGCCGUGACCCUUUUAUCGAUUCUGAACCCCCAAACCAACACCAAAAUCACGUUAACGAGUGACUCACUGGUGGUUCCAGUGUCGCCGACGACCGUGGUGCAAAUCCAAGUAGGAGCCAACGACUUUGUCCGGUUGCAACAGGCCCCCACCGUGGCCACAACAGCCGCCACCGCGGCGCUGUCGUUCGAGCCAGGGUUUGCAAACUAUGACAACUUGCAGUGUAAAUCCACUCGAAUCCAAGGCUGCUGGCAGCCGUUGAUGCUGCCUCAAUCACCGAUCCUGGUGACAACGUUCGUGGCGGAUGUGGUCGGUCCCAGCUUGAGUCAGUUUACAUAUGACCAGCAAUACAUCCAGCUGCGCUUUUCUAAAGUGAUGGACCGGUCGACGUUUCAGUUCAUGCACCUGUGUGACUCGCUCGUAGCCACCAACUGCAUCGGGCUGUCGGCCCCCAGUCGACUUAUUCCCCGUGGAGAAGCGACCACGACGACGUUGCCGUUCCCAGUGGACGAGACGCUGUGGAUCGUGUGGGUGUCGCCGUCGACCGUGGCCCAACUGAACGCCGCGGGCAUCGGGCUCACCCGCGGCACGUCCUUCGUCUCGCUACCUCCUGGCCUUCGAGACAUUCAGGGAAAUGCUUUCCAAGGACCCACCGUCCAACAAGCUGCCACUGCUGAUUGCAGCGCGUGUCCGGCUGGCUCGUAUGGCUCGCGAACGUGCACCGACACGGCGGACCGGGUGUGCUCGCCAUGCACGGUAUGUGGAACUGGUUUCUUUGCGGCCACUGCCUGCUCUGCCACCCGCGACACCGCGUGUCUUCGUAAGAUCUCGACUGGGGGAACCUACUAUGUGUAGUGACUAAGACAUAUAGGUUGCCGGCCGUGCCAUUUUGGUCUGUACGCGUCCACCCACUGCUCGCCGACGCAGAAUCGAGUGUGCAGUGCAUGUACGAAAUGCACGAAUGACCAAUACGAGUUCUCCCCGUGCACCACCGAAGCGGACCGCGUGUGUCUGACCUGCGACUCAUGUGCGUUGACAUGGCAGCAAGAACAAGUGUGCAAGAAGAGCGUGGCGUUUGAGCGGCGCAAGCGAUCCCCCUACGGAUGUCCCGCAGUGAUGGCGUACCCCACCGAGGAAGCGAGGUUGCAGGCCGCCAAGUCCAACGCGUGUGGUGCAGGCAGGUGCUCGUGCACAGGAACUGGCGUCGGAAAUGCCAACCCCAAUGGCUUCUCAUACCCCACAGACCCGCGAUGCACCGGACCGUCAAAUUAUGGCAUCAUCCUGUAACGAUUCAGUUUUGAGUUGACCAAUAGGUAGUUUUAAACAUUUCGACCAAUCAAAUUCGGGCUCGCCUGAUUUUAAAGCCAA